ACUCGAUAUGACUGCUCUUCCGCGAUAAAGGACGCCUUUCAACCCAGGUUAAUUCGAGGAUUUUAGUACGGUUCGUUGUUGUUCCGCAUCUUCAGAAUGGCACCAAGAGCUAUUUCGAAAGAUAUUGGGGCUGGUCUAGAAUAGAAAUCUACCGAACGCCUUUAUUCUCUUCGGCUUGCUUCAUCCUAUAAGGCUUCUCGGGUCCCAAGUCUGCGAAGUCUUUUGCAAUUGAUUAAACUGCUUUCCGCUUCGAUCUAUUACAACACAGAUUCCACGGUCUGAUCGCAGUCUCGCUCCUUUACGACACAAUAACACAACAACAACAACACAAAUCCAACGAUUAAUCGCAUUCAACGAUGGAGGUAGAAGGUAAUUUCCAGAGCGCUGCUCUGAAUCGACAGCGGCGAACGUCUCUAUCGAUUGUGGACCAUUCCGAAGCGGAAAACAAGAUGUCAGGAUACUUGCGGGAUUCACCGUCAAACAUCGAGAACGAAUAUCUCUUAAAAACCUUGAGCCCGCAAACAUCAACGUCAAGGCUUCCAGAUUUUGACUGCGGGAGGACAACGAAGAUUCUUGCAUACUGUGGGCUGGUAGUAACAUGGUUGCUGAUAGCCUGCUGCAUAACCUUCGGUGUCGUCUGCAUUGUCAAAGGACCCGCUUCGAGUUACCUAUACCCCACUGCUAUGGCGGAUACAAGUCGAGGCGUGGAAGUGCUUGCUCUUGUCGUCAAUACUCUUCUCACUUUUUGUCUCGACAGUCUAGGUUUUAUUCAUGGUUCUUCCCUUCGAUGGGCUCUUGCACGGGAAGGACGACUGCAGCAUAACACCAACUUGAGGUUAUUCAAGAGUGCUCAAAAUCAACCCCAGAACAGUUGGCUAGCAAAUUCGAUUGACGGGAUAUCGUUAAUUAUUUGCUACGCUGCGACUUCUCAGUUGUUCGCAUUGGGAAUAGUUGUGGCUGAGCAGUCUGAUCCUUUGCCUUGGUUUGAUGGAUACUAUGUGAAUGGCGUCGCUCUUCUGAUGCUUGCCGGUGGUCUCGCCUUGAAAGCCUCGAUCUCCUCCUGGAUAGUGAUCUCCUCAUCACACGCCAUUUUAACAUGGAACUCAAAUCCAUUGAAUAGCGCAUUAACUCUUGUACACAAUGGCCUUGGUCACAGGAAGAACAGAUGCAUGUUGUCAGUAAAGCAAGCCAACGUACCAGCCAUCCCUACGCGACCUACCCGGAAGCAGCCAAGUUCCACGGGGUCGGUCCGCUCCGUACGCUAUGUUGUCAUGUUCGCCUGGACCCUUCCCACACUUGCUUUGGGCUGGUUACUCUCGGUAUUCUUCAUCUUCAGACGUGCUACUCUUGAAUAUCCUGCGGUACAUUUCUCCUGGGCUUGGCAAUUCGAUGCUGUCUCAAUCAAUCUGCCACGAAAGGGAGCACUUACCUUGAUCCUGGCUGUACUGUUCAUGGCCGCGAUUCAGGCAGCCCAGACGAUGUGCCUCCAUGCUGUUGAAUUGAUUGUCAAUAUAUCGAGGGACGAAAAAGCCUGGAGAUCAGCCGCUUGUAACACCGGCGGCGGCGCUCGUUUACAGACCAGCGCAUUAUCCUCAGCAAGCUUGAGCUGGGAGAAUAUGGGCUUGUUCGUUGCAAAGACUGUCUUGCAUUGGCUCAUGGGUCAAGCUGUUAUUAUUGAAGUAGAAAAAUUGGGCACCGAUGAGCCAAUGGUGUAUUGGUUCAACAUGGGAUAUCUUCCGAUUCUCGCAUAUUUCGUUGGGGCCCUCCUCUUGGCAAUUUUCACCACCGCUCUGGCAUUUCGAAGACCGAAAGGACCACAGCCAGCAGCAUACGGGCACUUCCAGACAUUGGCGGACUUGAUUGAUGAUUGGAUGGUUGAUGAGAAGGGAAGGUUCUGGUGGGGCGAUAAGGGAGUGGGUGAGAAUGGUGUGAGACAUGCCGGGACUUCUUGUAAGAAGGGUGAGCUUGGGUAUAUUGAUAUGGAUGCUUCGUAUGCUGGAUCUAGGUAAGAUAUAUUGAUGAAGAAAUGGUAUUGGAUUUCGGUAUUGCUGGUUGUGGGCGUGAGAUGUUGGUAGGAUAUAAUGUAUGUAUAUGAACGGAUGGGACACAUUCAAGUCAACCCUUCAAUUUUGG